UCUCCCCCUGCCUCCUAAUACACUCUUGCAAUAUGUUCAGAUCAGCAUGAUUUAAAGAGUGGAUGUGUCUUUCUGCUGAAGGCCUAGCUGAGCUCACCUUGCUCCGGGAUAGUGGGAGAUCAGCACGACAACGGACCAGCAGCAGGUGUUAGAUUUCACUACCCAAGUGCUCUAAUGCUGGUCAUGUCAAGUUGUGGUCUGCAGUCAGGAGUGCCUAAAAUAUCUCUGUAAGCUGCUUAUGACACUCAGCGGGCAGCAGCCUCCUUCCUGCUCCAUCCUGCACCUUUCAUUUAAAGAAAAGUCCACACUGAAGCCUGACCUCUGACCUCUGAACCUCUCGCACCUGUGUGGACUUCACGAUUGAGCCACCAUAGACCAUCUGCCUGAUGGUUCAUGACAGCAAGAUUCAAACACCAUAGUUUAGUCUUGUUCUCAGAACUGUUUGUCCCAAGGGAAGUUUUUCUUAUUUCAAAGAGAUGAAAUGAAGGCCUGAUUUGAAACCAGUCAGAGUGCACACAGCCAGCUUCUAAAAAGCCUGAUUGCUCUGUGCCUUCGUCUUUACAUAUUCAUGCCCACAUUUGAUUUACGAAACACACAUCUAAAGCACUGACAUGAUUGAUAUUUAUGAAAAGUGCAACCUUAAAUAUUUCAGUCGGUGGGGCUUUAGAAGCUUCAGCUGUGAGCAAAUAAAGUGAGAAUGAUGAAUUUGGUGGCUUAAAAUUAUAUUAAUUUGUAAACAAGUUUCAGUAUUGCAACAAAAAGGCAUAUGCACAAACAAUAUGCUGUCAUGUUGUUAUGUAGAACAUAAACUCUUUAGCUCUGACAGCCUGACAGGAGAUUGUUAUGCAGCACCUUGUGGUCAAAAGUGUUCAUGCACACUGAGAAUGGCCACCUUUUGGCCAUGUUAGCAGCUUCUUGGCCGUGAGUCACUCAGAAACCUGAGAACGGUCAUGGCAGUUGGGAAGGUGACAUUUACCAAGGUGGAGAGAGAGAAGCUAGCUGAGGUUCUCUGUCUGCUUAAUUGGAUUUCUGUAGUGACAGGAACUAUCCUCUUUGGCCUUGGCUUGUUCCUCAGAGUAGAGAUUCAAAAAUGGCAAGAAGUGAUGUCGGAGCAGGGAAUCCUCUAUGUGCCACAUAUGCUGAUCACCACAGGACUAGCAGCCUGCUGCAUCAACUUUUUCGGUGGCAAGAUCUGCCUGGACUGCGCCGACACCAACAAGUUCCUGCGCUGGAAGCUGGUGAUGAUGCCGUACAUCAUAUGCACCUUCUUCUUCACCUCUUGCAUCCUAGCAGGGGCACUCAUGUGCUAUGGCAUUCGCAGCCAAAUGGAGGAAUCCCUGUUUAUGGGCCUGAGGAAUGCCAUGCGAUACUACAAAGACACAGACACUCCGGGCCGCUGCAACCUGAAGAGAACUGUGGACCUACUGCAGAUCCAGUUCCAGUGCUGUGGGAACACAGGAUACCGAGACUGGUUCCAGAUCCAGUGGAUCAGUAGCCGCUACCUGGACAUGAGCAGCAGUGCUGUGGUAGAUCGUAUGAGGAGUAAUGUGGAGGGGAAGUACCUGAUGGACGGUGUUCCCUUCAGCUGCUGCAGCACCUUCUCCCCUUGGCCCUGCAUCCAGCACCAUCUCAGCACCAGCUCAACCCAAGACGAGCAAAGCCGGCAGCUGAACCUGUGGAGGCGGGGCUGCCGACAGGCCCUGCUGGACCACUACACCGGCAUCAUGCAGUCAAUCGGCCUCACCGUGCUGCUCAUCUGGCUUUUUGAGCUGCUGGUUCUGACAGGUGUCCGUUAUCUGCAGACGGCCAUGGAGAACGUUCUCCGGCUGGGUGAUCCAGAGUCGGAAUCAGAUGGUUGGUUUCUGGAAAACAGCCUGGCAGAAACGGCCCGGUCCAAUUUUAACAUUAUUAAGAACCUGGGAAAGUGUUACCAGGUCGACGACGACCCAAACAUCAACGUCCCGACUGCUGCUGCAGAGGAGGAACUGCCAUCACAGCAGGUCCAAGUCCUCGUGACCAGCUAGCCUCCGGCCUGUGGAGUCAUGGACAGCAGAAGUGAUGAGCUGUUCCAAAGAUGCUUUUGACUCGGGAUAGAAAUCACUUCAUUCUCCAGGAUGCAGAGUGAAUCAAGUGGAUCUGACACGUUUAGCUUCAUCCCAGAGACAAGAACAAAAACUUGAUUGUUUGAUUGAAACAAGUUUGGAACAGUGGCUAAACUUUACCUGCUGAGUCCUUAGAGCUCUCAGAUUUAUGGACCAACAAGGUCUUCUGCCUUCAGAUACGUGAGUUUGAAUAGGUUUUACCUUGGUGGGUUUACAGGUUUAUAAAUGAACUCUUUGUGAUGUUUUUUAUAUGAUAAUAGGAGUUAUUUUUUAUACUUGAAGUAAAUUACAAAACCAUGAACUGGUACCUUUUGGUCUUUAAUUGCAUUUUUAACUUUUACCAUUCUCCAAAGAAGUCUGAUCACUGUGAAAAAAAAUCAGCAGCCCAUCAGUUAAAUCCUGAAAACAGUACAAAUAGAAUAGAAUAGAAUAGAAUAGAAUAGAAUAGAAUAGAAUAGCCACUUUAUUGUCAUUCAGAAUGCCCACCAGUGCACAUGAGAAGGAAAUUUUGGUGCAUUUACUUGCCAUCUCGUCAUAUGUACCUGUAAGAGAAAUUUGUUUAUACUAAUUAUUAUUAGUAAAGAAUGUUAGGAGAUAGAUAUGCUGCACAGCAAUAAUAGCAGCAGAAGAAAACCAGUGCACCAUUCUAGGCAUAAAACUGCACUGCUCCAACAUUUAUAAAAAAAAAAAACAGGCAGCACCAUGGCGUCAUGGUUAGCACUGUUGCGUCACACCAACAAGGCCCAGAAUUCAAAUCCAUCACCUAGCUCGGGCCUUUCUGUGUGGGGUUUACAUUUCCCCCCCUAUGCCCUUGCUUAUAAGCAGAGGAUGGAUGGAUGCAGGGAAGCUUUUUCAUAUUUCAGCAGAUGAUGACCGCCCUGAGCUCACAUUCCAGCUGCAUGGUUACAUAACUCACCUGAGUACAGUCCGAGCUAUCGUCCACUUUAACAUCUGGAGCUUCAUGACACCAAAAGCACUGCAAAAGAUUUUGUGCUUUAAAGCUGAAGCAGCCAGUCUCCUUUGUUCCCAAAUAACUGACGAGUAUGGUUAUUCAAAAUGAUGUUUUCACAAAGCGAUCUCAGUUUUGACACCUGAUCAGUUCUUUGGCCGUUUUAAUAAAAAAUGUGGGCUUUAAACAAUGCGGUAAACACUGCACUCUGGAGUUACAGCUUUUUCUGAAAUGUGUUGUACAAAUGUGUGACAAAGGAUGCUGCCACUGCCCUUACUGAUACAUGGUGGUUUCAUGUAUAGGUUCAUGCAUGUCAAACAUGAAAUGAGUAAACUAAUACCAAAUUGCUGCUACCAGGAGUCAAAUCGUGGCCAUUGUGUGCCGCGCCUUAACCUUUAGGGCUGUUUUUUAUGUUUUAUUCACAGUCAGGUCAUAAAGGAUGAGGCUGAAUCAGAGGAAGUCAGCAGCACUAACUCUGAAGGUAAAAUUUUGAAUUUCCUGUGAAAGUAAACUGCUUGUGUUGCUGUUAGUCAUUUUUCCAGAAUUAUACAUUCAAGUCUCAAGUACCUGUGAGACGUGCUGAAACACAUGACACUCGCAGCCUUCGUAGGUCAUCAGAAGGACAUCACCAUGAUAAAAACUGGAACAGAUGAUGUUGUGUUUCCCACACAACGUUGUGAGUUUUCAGUUUUAGAUGUAUUCAAUAGUCUGAGGUGUCGCUCACAGUUGCCCAAACAGCUGAUUCAUUGCUUUAUGUCUGAAAACACAUUUGACUAGAAGGUUUGCUGUAAGCAACAAUGCUGCGAUGAUAUAUUUACAAUUCCAAGUCAAAAAUCUAUGACCUUUGUUGUUGAAUAACAAAGUUUUAAUGUUAUUUUUAUAUCCAGUAGAGAAUCAGAAUUAACUUUGACCUUUUCUGAGACGUUUUCACAGAUGAUGUGUCUCUUUGGUCUUCAUAUGAUUCAUGCAAUUGGGUUUAUGACAGUAACGUCACAGCCAUUAGUUACAGUGCAUUUCAUCCAUGUGGGGAAAUCUGCUGUUGUUAUUGUUGCCCUGAAGAAAUAAAAAUGAACCAAAGAA